GGGGCGGGGGGGAGGCGUUUUGAAGGGGGCGCGCGCGCGUGCUCGCCCCGCGUCACGAGGGCGCCACCGAGCCAAUCGCGGCGGCGAACGGCGGGCGCUGUAGUACUACGGGCUGGGGAAGCGGUAUUCUUACUGUUCUGCCUGUUCUUUCUGUGUUUUGUGUUGUUUUUAUAGGCGCCAGGAUUACAUAACUGCGUGCAGAGGGAGCAGCUGCAAGAUUACACGAUGCAGAUUAGAGAUUACGUUGAUUCAGCAGAUUGUCCUGUGCAUGUCUGAGAAAGAUUACACCAGCAGAGUUAAGAAUACCCAUUUGCUGUGGUGCUGUUUUAGAAGAAUAGCCUUUGACCAAGAAUAAAAGUUGUUGUCGGAAUAAUAUGCGAACAGAUCAUGAAGAACUCUGUGGCACUACUUAUGGAUCUUUCUGUCUAAAUGGAGGGACUUGUUAUAUGAUUCCUACUGUAUCCAGUCCAUUCUGCAGGUGUAUUGAGAAUUACACAGGAGCCCGUUGUGAGGAAGUUUUGCUGCCCAGCAUCAAGUCCCAAACAAAAGGUGACCUGUUUGCAGCUUUCUUGGCUUCACUUCUUCUGCUAGGAGUUCUUGUAAUUGGGAUAUUCUACUUCCUUUGCAGGAAAGCUUCCAUUCCAAGGACAAGUUCUUCAGACUGUGGUGCCAACCUGGUUGAAACUACAAGCAGCAAUGGCUGCAACAGUGAAAAUAAUAAUAGAGUAAAGCAUUAGAGUGGAAGAAUGGUGGGAAAACAACAUGCAGAGCAACCCUAAGAAUACAAUAGUUGUAGAGGAUGAUGUGGUAAGCAAGAUGAGAGAAGAAAGUAGACUGAAAUAGGAGGCUUACUUACGUGUUGGAGAAGACUGCAACUAAGACAUAAAGAGAAACAGUUGCACUUACUAGAAUUUCUAUGUAUUUUUAAAGGUGUAUCAAAUUAUACAGAAAUCACUAUAAUCACUAUAAUUUAUGUUUGAAUUUUGUGAGAUUUUUCAUGACAAGUUACUGUUAUCAAUAAUGCACAGGUAGAAGUAUGAGAUAAUUUUGGUUUUUACUGCAUGGGAAAUAAGAAUUAACCGUUUUUUUCACUGCACAGAGAAUAUGAGACAAUCAUAGGGUUUUUAGCAUGAGGUAACACUAGGAAUUUUUCACAAGAUUGUCCUUUUUCACAGAACCUCCCCAGAGUUGAGGACUGUCUUGAUUCAAUAGUUUCAAAAUUUACACCUGUGAUACAUGUCCAGAAUUUGGCUUGUUUCAGAUACACUUACCAGAUGUAGGGAAAAAACCAAAAAGUACUUUUCUCCAGCUAAUACUGACUUUUUUUUUUUUUUUUUUUUUUUAAUAGUAAGACAACAUGAGGAUGAGGUACCACUGCUAGUGUACUGGCCAGCUUCCUGGCACAAGACUUUAAUUCAAAGAAAACAUUAAGAUAUUGGUAAUGGUUAAAACAAGUUUACUAGGCAGAGCAUUUACCCUUUGUUUGGUAUACAUCCCUAAUAUUAAGCAAGACACCUUCUUUGAUGGUUUUAUUUUUGUCUUGCUUUCUUCUGAAAAUCUCACUACUCCAGGAGAUUUAAACCUUAUCUUAAUUUUUUCAGUUGAUAUUUCAGAUACUGUAAGUCAGGUAUUUUAUUCAUCAGAUCCAUUCCUGACACAAAAUAUUAAUCAGGCAGGUGUCUUGGCUGAACAAGUGCUGCCCUCCCCAGAGAUUUAUUUCGUUUAUUCACAUAACUGUUUGUUGAUCACACCAGUAUAUUAUAUGUUACUAUCUGGUUCCUUACGGGAUUCUCUUACUCAGACAAAGAGAGGCCAAAUGACAUGGUCCAUCUCUUUUUUUGCCUUGAAAACACAAAGAGACAGUCUGGUUAGUCAGAGGCAUAGAAAAUGUGAACUGAACAAUUUUCUUCUCAACUCAUUUCUAGCACUGGAGGUUGAAACCAGCAAGAAUCAGAAAUGUUUCCAUAAUGCCACAUUACCUAGCAGCUCAUUAUAUGGGAUUUAUAAAGUUGUACUGAAGAGAAAAUUAACUGAGAAACUUUCAGGAAUUGAAAGAAGAGGAAAUGCAGAACGCAGAUUUCUUAUAUGUGAAAUAAAUAAUCUGGAGGUGUAUAAAAACAUAGGUGCAAAGAAAAUGCUGAAUAAGCUUCUAUUCCUAGGGUGUCUACUACACACUGUAGUGUCAGAGAAAAUAGUGUGCAUCUUAUAUCAAUGUAGACAAAAGUAUAGCAAGACCAAGAAGAAAAGACAUGGUGUUACAGUGUAUAAGGUAAGAAGUCCAAGAGAAAACUGCAUUGUAAUAGCUACCAGAACACAAAACAGAAAAAUACAUUACUUUCUGAGGACUCGUGUCAGAGACGUUAGAGUCCAAUUUAAAGCUCAGCAUCUGAAGGGAGAAGCUGAGGGCACCAAAUCAAGUAGAGGCCCUGACCCAGAGAUUAAGUUGUAUAAAGCACUAAAAGAUCACUUUCUCCCCAAAUUAACUGAUCUUAUAUGUUAUUUUCUGGACUUCAAACCUUUGGCAGAUACUCUGAAGGAAGCUGAUAAUCUUGUUUUAAAGGCUAGGAAAGAUCAAAGUGAUUUUUCAUCACACAGGGACAUGCCACUGUUAAAUACAAAGUUUAGGAGAUUUGUAGCAGUACUGACAGCUACAUCAGAAUCAGUAUUACCUAAAGUACUUUGCACAGCCUCAGUGAAAAUUAGUCAGAGUCAACUGCUGUUAGAUAACUUCUGUAUGUUAUUGAUCAUGAGACAUUCAGAUUUAAUAAUGUUAAAGUUUGCUAUACUAUUUUCAUUGAAGAAGGAAAAGGCUUGUGGUCAUCUUAAGAGGAAAUUCAGGAAGGAAAUAUUAAUAGAAGAUGUAAGAAAUCAAUGGGCUGAAGUUGUACUCUGUAAACCCUCAGAACCCUCUCAGCUUUCUAGACAGACGUGGAAUAGUUAUUUACUAUUACCUAUCCUGUUUGCAUUAUUUGGGAAACAAUUUGUACAAAAAGUAAGGAUGAAUAAACCAAAACCAUGCUUACAUGCAAAGAAGUUGA